UGACGUCACAAGGAUGAAUGACGGGGAGCGAGGCCAUUUUCGACCAUUCAGUUAGGUGUUUGGCCGCGGUGCAGCGAGAGGCCUUUAACUUCCUGCUUCUCGCCCUCACAUUUGUGCCAUCAGUCGGGCCUCACACUCGGUGCCCCGAGGAGUGUUUAUAAGACAAUUGAGAGUUGGAGAGUGAUGUGCAAGAUGUAUAGCAGAGGGUGGCAGGAGGAUCGUCUUCAUGUUUGCUGGUGCCAACAAUGUGUGGACAACCGUUCUCUCUCCGUAUAAUGCUUCUCGCAUCUUUGACAUGGCAAUUAUUGAAUUAAUUGGUGAUCUCAGUGUGAAGUAUUUUUGUUAUUGUGAGACUGCAUAGACUUAAAAGCUAAAAACUGCACAUCUGCUUGUUUGGUGAGGUACAAAGCAACGCUUUGUAGUGCAAGUUUCGUGGGAAGAAAAGAACAGUUACUAAGAACAAGUGUGGAAAUGAAGUGGUGAGGGUGGCAGGUGAAAGUUGCAGGCAUGAGGUCAGGUGUGCCCUGACCCGUGCCUCUAGAGCCGUGCCCCUCGAGCCAACCAUGGGCCAGGGGGCUAGCUAUCACCAUCACCAGCACCAACUGCACCAGCACCAAGUAUCUCACUGGGCCAUGGAUUCAACACAGGAUCUCACACACAGUCCCCAUCAGGUGCGUCAACGAGUGCAGCACCAACAGCAACAACGAGAAAUGAGAGAACUGCAGCUAGAUAGGGAACAUCAGGAAAGACAUUUGCAGCAGCAGGAGGUAGGAAGCCUUGCCAGUGGGUGUUGUGGCUCAGGCUCAUCAUGCAGCUGUGGUGGUGGCCUGUCAUCAACAGCUGCCAUUUAUGGCACUACAUCUGCCCCGGAUCCCACCUCUCAUGCAGUUGUUGUGACUCCCCCUCGCAGCCUUCCCCAUCACCACCAUCACUAUCAUCACCAGCAGAGGCCAGACUCUCCCAUUACUGCCAGUGCCACUGUCUCGAGCAGUAGUAGCAGCAGAUGUAAUGGGACAGGUGGAACUUGUAGUAGCAAUAGUGGAUGUGGUCACUGGUGCUCCUCAUGUAGGGUGCGUGUACAAUUGGAGGUGGAGUGUGUGGGUGGAAUGGAGACACGACCUUCACCUCCUCGAGGAGGCCGCCUCCGUACUCUGGCCUUUCCUAAGAGGCAUCGCCACAAGACAAAAACACCAACCAGAGACAUACCACCACAACCCAAGAAGAAGAAGACCCCCUGGACAUUUCGACUAAAUUGCCGACUACGGCCUUCCAAGUCUGAACCAGAACCCGAAGUCACCUCCAGUGUGGGUUGUGGUGCCUGCAUGUGUCCAAGCUUAAGGAGACCUGAUCCUGAACUCCACCCUCAUCACCACCACCACCACACUCAUCAUGGACACCCCACUGGCCAGGAUGUACCCACAGUCUCCAGCGUAGGAGUAAGCAUAGCCGCAAGCCCUGGUGGUGCUGUAGCUCUAAGGGCUCCUGUCAUUGAUCUUUCUAGGUUUAACCCAGAAGCUUAUCCAAUUGAAGACUGGGAAGAACAUGCAAGACAGGAAAGGGCACGAGAGAUGGCAGAGGGUGUGGAACCACCACCAGGAUUUGGAUCAGGGUCCCUUACCCUCCCUCCAACACAUCACAGCCUCACGCCUGCACAUCAUGCUCUCACACAUCUACAGUUACAGCAUCAGCACCAACUGCAGCUACAGCAAGCAGGUGCAGUCACUCCUUUACCCUUACCCUAUAAUUCUAUGCUUGACCUCCAGCUGCUUUUGGAGCGUUCUCUUCGUUUGGGUCUGGCUGGGCCACGCUCUGUUGCUACCUCACUCACAGAGGAAACUUUCUUGCAGCAGGUUGGCCGUCUAGCUGGGGAUGGUUCUCUAUUGCAACGCACUGUGCACACACAAGUGGAUUACAUUCAUUGUCUUGUACCUGAUCUUCUGAGUAUAACUAAUUGUGUGUUCUACUGGGGCAAGAUGGAUAGAUAUGAAGCUGAACGUCUCCUUGACAACCGACCUGAAGGAACUUUCUUGCUCCGGGACUCUGCGCAAGAAGAGUAUCUCUUCUCUGUUUCUUUCAGACGCUAUGGUCGCUCUCUCCAUGCUCGAAUUGAACAGUGGAACCAUAAGUUUAGUUUUGACUCGCACGAUCCAGGCGUAUUCGCAUCAGAUACUGUGUGUGGCUUGAUAGAGCAUUACAAGGACCCAUCUUGUUGUAUGUUUUUUGAGCCCAUGCUAACUAACCCACUUGCUCGUACGUUCCCAUUCCCAUUGCAGCACUUGUGUCGUGCUGUUAUUUGUUCCACUACCACCUACGAUGGCAUCAAUAACCUUCGUCUACCCAAGCCACUCAACAACUACCUCAAGGAGUAUCACUACAAGCAGCGGGUCAGAGUGCGCCGCCUCGACCAUUAGUAUGGCAUCUUGAGCAAGAAUGCUUGGACUGUACUGCCACAGGCCACAUAAUGUUUUUUAUAGGGGAGUAAAGUACUUCCUGACAGUCCCUAAACUACUUUAAAAGACACAGCAACCACUUCGUACUAGAAAAGCCUGAAUGCCACAGUUGGUCAUGUUCAUACAAAUGUAAGAUAAAGACAGUGCCAGUGGGGUUGCUAGCUUGUGAUUCAUUUUAGUUACUGGGCAGCCAACAAGGGGAUUAACUUCCAGGGAGGCGGGGCUGUACCCUAUUAAAAUAUAUAAAUAAUUAUAAAUUAUAUACAGUAUACUGUAUAUAUAUAUAUAAUAUAUAUAUAAUAAUAUAUAUUAUAUAUAAUACAGUAUAAUAUAUAUAUUCCUAUGUAGAUCAUUGCUCCUCUCUGUGCAGUAGGUGUAAUUUUCAGAUCCGUGAGUCGGGGCAUGUUCCUUCCCAGCUAUAAUGGUGCUGCAGAACUCCCCCCUCCCAUCUCAACAACCCCAUCUUCCCUACACACAUCCAGUGUUUCCAGUACAGCAUUAUAAGUGUGUUUAUAUUCAACUGCCAUUGAUCCAGCAACUGGAAUGCCUAGAUACGCUUAAAACUUUGUACUGUGUACAUAAUACACUUGUUAUCCUUUGCUUCCUUUCCCUUCCCGUCCCCUAGUAGACAAAGAAUGUCUGCAAUUGGAUGAAUGCGUGUGCUCGUGAGCGGGCGGCACAAUGAUGACUCGUCAAAGGUUCGGGAUGAAUGAUCGUCGCACGUUGGUGUUGCGUGUUUCUAUUACUGUUUCAGUCUGUCUCCUCUAAAUUCUCUCAUAGUUGGAAUUUGGAGAAAGGAGAUUUGGUAUUUUUGUGUGACAUUUUGGGCAUUAGAAUGUUACCAGGGAGGAUAUAAACCUUGUUCCUGUGAAUAGCAUAAAGG